UGAAAAAUAAGCUUAUAACAAAUUUGUUAUAAUGGCUUAUGAUGAACGCAGCGAUACGGGCAGUUCCAGCGAUGCACAUGAUGGAUGUCAACGCGGCAAAAUGGGUGCUCAACAGGUUACAAUGCCCAAGCACAUACCAUUUCCAGAGCAUUCAACAACUCCGGAAUGGCUAAGCGAGCUUAUAAUGUGCUGUUUUACUAUGGGCGCCACAAUAGUGCAAUUUAUAAACAUUUAUCGUACUAAUUUUUGGUUGCCACAAUCACAUACGCGCAUGAUGGUGAACAUUGAAUUAAUUGAUCCCUUUUUGCGCCUGCUGCUGAUAGUGCUCAAUACGAGACGUUUGUUCUACUGCUUUUUGUUGGGCAACUGGAAAAACCAGGGACAUUACAUACUACAAUGGGGCUUAAAGUAUGGCUAUGCUGCACUGGUGCAAUUCUCCAUUGGCUACUGUUCUUAUAGGUUAUAUCUAAAGCAUACUUAUAUGCUAAUCUUCUAUAUAAGUUAUCCUGUGGUGGUGUAUCUCGUUAUCUUUGGCUUUCAACUGGAACCCUUUCUGCGCAGCAGAUUCGAACUUCCCGGUGUUUAUAUCAACGACAUGCCCGUGCACAGCUGCACCACGAAUCCUGAACAAAUACGCCAUGAAAUUGAAAUACUAAGAGAAGACUUUAACAAGCGUUUCAAGCAGCUAAUAUUUACCUGCAUGUUGAAUGCCUAUUUGGUGCUGAUUCCAUGCCUGCUCGCGUUCACCGUGCACUACAAUGUUAUGCGGGCAGCACAGCACUGCAUCAUCGUCUGCUUGGGCGCGUUUAGCUUAUCAGCAGUGUUUCUGUAUCCGGCUAAAUAUAGCGAUACGCUGCAUCGCGCCACAUUGCAUUUGGGCUGUUGGCAGCGCAUGGAUCGUGAUCUACAAGCAGCGCCCUCGCAGCUUAUCGUUGCAGCCAAUGCGCUUAAUUGGAACAGGUAUGCAGUCUAUGGCAAUGGAACUGUAGUCAAGCACAUGGGCGGGCUCUUUCGAAGUCAAGGACUGGUUACAGUAGCUACACCCGGCAAUGCCAGCCAUGUGCGCUUCUAUAAACUAUUUCAAAAUCCCACUAUUAUAUACUCCACGUUGGCUACACUACAAGCUGCGGUGCUGCUGGUGGAGAUUGCGUCUUUGACGGCUGCGGGCAUUGAAUGGCAUUUUGUGCUUUCGAUUAGCUUUGUUGCCUUCACCAGCAUGGUGGCAUUUUUUAAGCUAGUGCGUGAUUAUAUUAUAACUAAACAACUUUACAGAGCAGAAUGCGCAACAACUUAUAAUUAAAGUUUAACUUUAGGCAUAUUUCUGUAACUGAUUUGAGCUUAGAAACGAUACUUUAACUGAUUUGGCUUCGAUUGACUGAUUGCAAUAUUUAAAAACGUCCAAACACAAAAAGUUUAAAAUUCCAAAAGCAAAAAUACAAAAUCAGUUGCAAGAAUAUAGCCGCUUUGACUAUGUAACAUGCCAAAUU